UUCUGAUUUCAGGUCACCAUCUCUUCAUCUUUAUGCCGCCUACUCCCUCCACUUCGCCACCACGAUGAGCGCCUCUACUCCCUCAUUUCCGCCAAAACCCUGAACAGAGAAAAAGGAAAUAAUAGAUCCCAAACAUGACCCCUUCCUCACUUUCCACCCGCCUCACCCUCUUCGCUCUCCUCUCCGCUACUACCUUUUACUUUCUUUACAAAUCCCGCCGCCGCUGCCUAAAACCCCUCAAACAUCUCCCUCUAAACCCUAACCCUAGACCAGGUAAGCUCUUCUUCCUCACCCAAACCGGAACAUCCAAAGCCCUAGCUCAACGCCUCCUUGACCUCCUCUCCUCCAAGAAUAACAUUCCUUUCGACCUCGUUGAUCCCCACACCUACGAACCGGAGGAUCUCCCUAAGGAAUCCCUAAUCAUUAUCAUCGCUUCCACCUGGGAAGAUGGAAAUCCUCCCCAAAAUUCUAAAUUCUUCGUCAAUUGGCUCGCCGAUAUCAGCACUGAUUUUCGCGCCGGGAAUUUGCUGCUUUCUGAUUGUAAAUUCGCCGUCUUUGGAGUCGGUAGCCGGCUUUACGGGGACACCUUUAAUGCGGUGGCGAGGGAUUUGGGAAAGAGGUUGAGAGGGUUGGGAGCGACGGAGAUGGUGCCGGUUGGGGAAGGUGAUGUGGAUGGAGGUGAAUUGGAGAGUGUCUUUGAAGGGUGGAGUGAAAAGGUGGUCACUGUUUUGAAAGGGGGAUUGGUGAUGGAGAAUGAGAAUGGCAUUGUUUAUGAGAGUGAUGUUGAAAGCCUUGAAAGUGAUGAUGACGAUGAUGGAGAAGGAGGAGGGGAAGACAUUGUUGAUCUUGAAGAUAUUGCAGGUAAAGGGCCAUCGAGGAAAAAGUCUGUUAACGUGGCUAAAACUAAUGGGAAAUUGGAUGGGAAAAGAGAGAUGGUAACUCCAGUUAUAAGAGCCAACUUGGAGAAACAGGGAUAUAAAAUUAUUGGUUCACAUAGUGGUGUUAAGAUCUGUAGAUGGACCAAGUCUCAACUUAGAGGACGAGGAGGUUGUUACAAGCACUCAUUUUAUGGAAUAGAGAGUCAUAGAUGCAUGGAGGCUACACCUAGUUUGGCAUGUGCCAAUAAAUGUGUUUUCUGCUGGAGGCAUCAUACGAAUCCAGUAGGGAAGAGUUGGCAGUGGAAGAUGGAUGAUCCCUUAGAGAUUGUCAAUACUGCCAUAGAUCUUCAUACAAAGAUGAUUAAGCAAACGAAAGGAGUUCCUGGUGUUACACAAGAGCGAUUGAUGGAGGGUCUAUCCCCUCGGCACUGUGCCCUAUCACUUGUUGGUGAACCAAUUAUGUAUCCCGAAAUUAAUGCGCUUGUGGAUGAGCUGCACCGAAGGCGAAUCUCUACAUUUCUAGUAACUAAUGCACAGUUCCCUGAAAAAAUUAAAAUGCUGAAGCCUGUAACGCAGUUAUACGUGAGUGUAGAUGCUGCAACAAAGGAUAGCUUGAAGGCAAUUGAUAGGCCACUCUUUGGGGAUUUCUGGGAAAGAUUCAUUGAUUCCUUGAAAGCUCUCAAAGAGAAACAUCAACGGACUGUAUAUCGCUUGACACUUGUGAAAGGAUGGAAUACAGAAGAUGUAGAUUUGAAGGCAUUUUAUAACGGUCUCAACGCACAUACAAGAUUAAUAGUGGCUGCUUCUGCAAAUGGUGUAAUUUUGUCUAAGUCUUAUAAUGAGGCUUAUGGGAUCAUUGAAAGGAUUGCAAGUAGAAACUGCCAAUGGCCGAAAAAUCAAGCAGUUUCAAGAAGACGUGUAGCCGGAGUGCAUGAACUGGAUGCACUGGCUUCACUCUCUGCUCAGCUCAAUCACCAAGUCGGUAUAAAGUAG